GUGAUGAGAGCGGCCCCGUCAUCGUCGAAGAACCUGACAACCGCGUGGACUUCAGCAACUCAACCGGCGCCAAGAUUCACUGCUCUGUUCGAGGACGACCCGCCCCCUCCGUCGUCUGGGUUCGCGCUGACAAUGGCUCCGCUAUCGGUGUUGUUCCUGGUCUCAGGAUGGUUCUCUCCAACGGCACCCUGAUCUUCCCUCCCUUCCGCGCCGAGGACUACCGCCAGGAAGUGCACGCCCAGGUCUACCGCUGCCAGGCCUCCAACUCCCACGGCACCGUUCAUUCCCGCGACGUCCACGUGAGGGCAGUGGUCCCCCAACUGUAUUCGGCCGAAGUGCUGACGGAGUACGUGAUCCGCGGGAAUUCGGCGAUCCUUAAGUGCAACAUUCCCUCCUUCGUCGCCGACUUCGUGAGCGUGCAGGCCUGGGUUUCCGACGACGGCAGCGUCAUUUAUCCUUCCGAUAAUUACGAUGGCAAGUACCUGGUCCUUCCCUCCGGCGAACUCCACAUCCGCUCCGUCAGCUCCGAAGACGGCUUCAAGAGCUACAAGUGCCGCACCGUGCACCGCCUCACCCAGGAGACCCGCCUCUCUGCCACCGCCGGACGUCUUGUGAUCUCCGAGCCAGUGGGUCUGGCGGGACCACGGCUUUCGCUGAGUGAGAAGGUAGAUGCCUCCGGAACCGAAGUAGGGAACACGGCCACGCUCACCUGCAGGGCCCAGGCGCACCCGGUCCCCGAGUACAGGUGGUUCAAGGUUUCCGAAGGAGGACGCAAGGCAGCAGUGGAACUCGGCGACCGCGUGAAGCAAGUGGGAGGAACCCUGAUCAUCCGUGAAGCCAAGGUGGAGGACUCUGGCAAGUACCUGUGCGUCGUCAACAACUCUGUCGGCGGCGAGAGCGUCGAGACUGUGCUCACUGUCACUGCUCCCCUAAGUGCCCAAGUUGAACCCAAGGUUCAGACUGUUGAAUUUGGACGCCCAGCAACCUUUACCUGCACCUACCGAGGCAACCCUGUUAAGUCAGUUACUUGGCUCAAGGAUGGAAUUCCACUUAACCACAAGGAAGCUGUUCUUCGCAUUGACACCGUUGGUCGUGAGGACAAGGGAAUGUACCAGUGUUUUGUUAGGAAUGACCAGGAAUCGGCACAAGGAACCGCUGAACUCAAACUUGGAGGACGAUUUGAGCCCCCUCAGCUGAUCUACACCUUCCAAACCAACACUCUCCAACCUGGACCAGCAGUAUUCCUCAAGUGUGUCGCAGCUGGCAAUCCUACCCCUGAGAUCACAUGGGAACUUGACGGAACUCGCCUCGCUAACUCUGAACGCAUGCAAGUUGGACAGUAUGUUACCGUGAAUGGUGAAGUGGUCUCCCACUUGAACAUCUCUGCAGUUCACACAAAUGAUGGUGGCCUCUAUGCUUGCGUUGCUUCCUCCACUGUUGGCUCUGUUCGUCAUGCUGCCAGGCUUAACGUCUAUGGAUUGCCCUACAUCAGGCCUAUGGAUAAGGCUGCAGUUGUUGCUGGAGAAAACAUGGUUGUACACUGCCCCGUUGCUGGAUAUCCUAUUGACUCUAUUGUUUGGGAAAAGAAUGGCCGCAUGCUACCCAUCAACCGCCGCCAGAAGACAUUCCCCAAUGGCACCCUCAUUGUUGAAGCUGUCCAGCGCUCCACCGACCAAGGAAGAUACACCUGUGUUGCCCGUAACAGCCAGGCUUACACUGCCCGUGGAGAUCUUGAUGUACAGGUCAUGGAACCACCACGAAUACGACCAUUUUCCUUUGAGGGAGAAAUCAGGUCAGGAAAGGACACUCAAAUUGUGUGUUUUGUGAGUGACGGUGACACGCCUUUGAAAAUCAGAUGGUACUUCCACGGUCAAGAAGUAUCUCAUCAUAUGGGUGUCACCACUGUAAAAUUGGGUUCCCGGUCAAGUAUCCUGUCAAUUGAACAUGUAACCCAUGGCCACUCUGGCGUUUACACUUGUGUGGCAUCAAAUGCAGCAGGGGAAGACCGGUUUGGAGCUUCCUUGACUGUCCAUGUACCACCACGCUGGAUUGUGGAACCUGCAGACAAGGCCUUUGCUCUUGGCAGUGAUGCUAGGCUAGAAUGCAAAGCAGAUGGUUUCCCACGACCCACUCUCGGAUGGAAGAAGGCUGCAGGACAUACCCCUGGUGACUAUCGCGAUCUUGAUGUAAACAACCCCAAUAUUAAGGUUACUGAUGAUGGUACUCUCCAUAUCAGCAGUAUUCAGAAAUCUCAUGAAGGAUAUUACUUGUGUGAAGCCAACAAUGGUAUUGGUGCUGGACUGUCUACUGUGAUCUACGUUAGGGUCCAAGCUCCCCCACAGUUCAAGAUUCAGUACCGCAACCAGACAGCACGACAUGGAGAUGAUGCAGUCUUGGAAUGCGAGGCUGGAGGAGAAACCCCCAUUGGCAUCCUUUGGAGCAAGGACAAGCACAGUGUUGACCAAGCAGCUGAACCAAGGUACACAAUCCGUGAAGAAAUGCGUGGUGGCAGUGUUCACAGCAGUCUUAGCAUCAAGACAACUGAUCGCACCGACUCUGCUGUUUAUACCUGUGUUGCUACCAAUGCUUUUGGAAGUGCAGAUACCAACAUCAACCUCAUCAUUCAAGAACGCCCUGAACAACCCAGUAGCCUUAAGGUUCUUGACAAGAGUGGCCGAUCAGUGGAACUGUCUUGGACUUCUCCCUACGAUGGAAACUCUCCUAUCACCCGAUACAUUGUGGAAUAUAAGCUUAGCCGACGUAACUGGGAAAAUGAUGGUGAACGCAUGAUGGUGCCUGGAAACCAGAACAUGGCAGCUGUCUUGGAUCUCCGCCCAGCAACUACCUAUCACCUCCGCAUUGUAGCAAGGAAUGAGAUUGGUGAUUCUGACCCAUCAGACAUUGUGACUAUCAUCACUGCCGAGGAAGCACCAAGUGGCGCACCACGUGACCUCAAAGUUGAAGCUGUUGACCAGAACUCCCUCCGUGUGAAGUGGAAGCCACCUCUUAGGGAGGAAUGGAAUGGAGACAUCCAGGGCUACCAAGUAGGCUACCGUCUUGCAUCAUCAAAUACCUCUUAUGUCUAUGAAACUGUGGAAUUCAGCAAGGAAGUGGGCAAAGAACAUCAACUGACUAUCAAGAAGCUGCAAGUGUACACUGAAUAUGCUGUUGUAGUAUCUGCUUUCAACAAGAUUGGACAAGGACCCACAACUGAGGAAAUCCGCUCCUACACUGCUGAAGGGACCCCCCAACAACCCCCUCAUGAUGUCACCUGCACAACUCUGACUUCUCAGACCAUCCGUGUAUCUUGGGCCUCACCUCCACUUGAGACUGUACAGGGAGUGAUCAAGGGAUACAAAGUAAUCUAUGGACCAUCUGACAAGUGGUAUGACGAAGAGAGAAAGGACACAAAAAUUACUAGUUCCACUGAGACUCACCUCCAUGGACUUCAGAAGUACACUAACUACAGUCUCCAGGUUUUGGCUUUCACAUCAGGUGGUGAAGGAGUACGAUCACAGCCCAUUCACUGUCAGACUGAUCAGGAUGUUCCUGAUGCCCCCACUUCUGUCAAGGCUCUGGUUAUGUCAGCUGACUCCAUCCUGGUAUCUUGGCUUCCCCCAGACCGUCCUAAUGGUAUCAUUACUCAGUACACUGUAUACUUCAAGGAAGAGGGAAAGAGUGACAGUGAGGCAGAGCAGGAGAAACUUCUAUCAUCUCAACUGAACUACGAAGCAAAUGGACUUAAACAGCGUGAUGAAUAUGUCUUUUGGGUAACGGCCUCUACAACCAUUGGAGAAGGAGAGAAGUCUGAAUCUGUCCAUCUAAAACUGUCAAGCAAAGUCCCUGCUAAGAUUGCAUCCUUUGAUGAUGAAUAUGUUGCCACAUACAAGGAAGAUGUCAAGCUCCAUUGCCAGGCUGUAGGUCUCCCCACCCCUGAUAUCAGGUGGACAAUCCGUGGUGAACCAUUUACCCCCAAUGAUCGCAUGCGUCUUUUGACUGAGGGAUCUCUGCUGAUUCGUGAAGUGUCUCGUGAUGAUGCUGGAGAGUACACCUGCCAUGUUGAGAAUCCCUAUGGACAAGACACAGUCACACAUACACUCCUUAUCCAAGCCCCACCUCACCCACCUGAGAUUCAACUCCAGUCAACCACCACCAAUAGCAUUGAGGUUAAGUUGAAACCUUCUGUGAUUGAUGACACCACACCCAUUCAUGGUUACACUGUCUACUAUAAGCCUGAGUUUAGUACCUGGGAGAGUGUACAGGUUCCUGCUUCCACAAGAUCAUACCUUCUCGAAGGAUUGUGGUGUGGUUCUCGUUACCAGAUUUAUGCUUCGGCUUACAACAAGAUUGGCACUGGUGAAUCUUCUGAGAUCUUGAACACACGCACAAAGGGCAAGAAGCCUGAGAUUCCUGAGGUUCAUCGUUUUGUAGAAGUCUCCUCUGUCUCUAUCAAUCUCCACCUGAAAGCAUGGCAAGAUGGUGGUUGCCCCAUGAAUUACUUUGUGGUUGAAUACAAGCCAAGGCACCAGACUGAAUGGAUAAUGGCAGACAAUCAAGUGAGCCCAACAGGCAACUAUGGUAUCAUGGAACUGACUCCUGCUACCUGGUACAAUCUCCGUAUCUCUGCUCAUAAUAAUGCUGGAUCUUCAGUUGCUGAAUAUGAAGUUGCUACCUUGACUCUCACAGGAGCCACGCUGCCGCCAACUGUUUCGGACAGCCGAGUAACCUGGCUUCCUGAUUGGUGGCCGAAGUGGCUGGAUCUGAAUGUCCUGGUCCCAGUUAUUGCCACUAUCGUCGUCAUCAUUGUGGGCAUUGUUGUCAUCUGUGUUGCAGUAACUCGUCGCAAGAACGGCAUUGAGAACUUGAGACUGCGAGAGGAAGUGUACCAGCAGUACCAAUACAAUGCAAGCAUGCCCCCACCAUCUACCAUGGACAAACGCCACCCAGGAUUCCGGGAAGAACUUGGCUACAUUCCACCACCCAACCGCAAGCUUCCACCUGUCCCUGGAUCCCAGUACAAUACCUGUGACCGCAUCAAGCGAGGUGGGGGGUCGGGUCGCGGCACACAUGCCACCUGGGACCCAAGACGACCCAUGUACGAGGAACUCUCCCUCCAUCCCCCCCCCGGACGACGUAUCCCCCUUGGAGGGCCCCCACAACCCCUUGGCUCUCAGGACACACUCAGAUCAGCCUCCAAGCAGCACCUACUACUCUACUGUUCCUGGCGACAUGACCGCUUCUCGCAUGAGCAAUUCAACAUUCUCUCCGACCUACGAUGACCCUGCCCGCUCUGAUGAAGAGAGUGACCAAUAUGGUGGAUCUACUUACUCUGGUGGUGGACCCUAUGCUCGAGCCAUUGACUCUGUGUCACAGUCUGGCACUGCUAAACGCCUUAAUGGUGGUCACCCCCCUGGAGCUCCCGUGUCUGGGCCUCAACCCAGCAACCAUAGAUUUAUAUCUAACCGUGGAAGCACCUCUGGAAGCGCUGGACAAGGAUCCCCUGAGCCACCCCCUCCUCCCCCUCCCCGCAACGGAGACCUCCCCCUUGAUUCCUCUGGCCUCGGUUCAUCUCUGAACGACUCAAACAACUCUACAGCAUCUAAUCAGUUCUCAGAGGCUGAGUGUGAUCAUGAUCUUGUGCAGCGUAAUUAUGGAGAGAGACAUUGUGCACAAACCAAACCAGUGAAGGCUACCAAGAGCACUGAGGAGAUGCGCAAGCUCCUGGACAAAAAUGAAGCAGCUGCCCACAUUCAAAAUGGAGGCCUAAGGAUGGUUAGCGACGAGAUGAAUGUGUGAGGUCCUCCAGACCCCACUGCAGGACCUCCCAAACCCCGUGCCAUACGAGGCAGCCUGAUUACCGCCCCCAUGUCACUGCACGCUGAUUAUUGAUUCUGAACACCCAAGCUGAACACUGAGACAAGAUCUGCUACUAGAUAUGAUACAAUUAUAUAUAUAUGUAUAGACCCUCACCCCUAGACGCAUUAUUGAAAUGAGCACAGAGGACAUUAAUAGUGGAGGCCAUAUACUACAAGGAAGAAGGUAGUAUUUGUGAUAAAAUGUAUAGAAUAUCAGAGGAAAUUGUGCAUCAUUUACAUCUUAGCUCUCUAAUUUAAAAUAGUUCCAGAUACCUCAUUAAAUACAUGUAUACUCCAAGCACUGUAAUAAAUGGUAAAUCAGCAGCAGUUGUUCACUUGUGUUGAAGAUCGAAUAUCUGAUUCUGUGUUCAUAGGGGUGACCCACGUCUUCUUAAUUGUUACUGCGUCACAGUCCCCCCCCGCUCAUGAGAAUUAUUAACCUGCUGUGAACUCCAUUGUUGUACUCCCUCGUUACCACCGCGAGCUGAUUGACGUUUUUUGCUUUGAGUGUUUCUUGCAGUGUCGUGUAUCACGUAACAGUAGCAGUAUUCUUUUUCUGCCCUGUGCUCAGUUUGAAAUGUGAAUAUGAAGGCAAAUGCUUCUGUUGCAGUGUAAUUUGCACCGGUAAUUUGAGGGCCACACCGUCAGUGAAUUCUUAACCAUAGCAGUGAACAGAAUGUCUUCAUUGGCCAUUGGACCAUAUGUGCUGUGUGAUAGUGUGAGAUGAACUAAGUAUUGCUGUGAGUCAUCCGUGACGGUGCUAUGUGGGAGUGACUCUCGACUUGUUUGGUGUUCUACAUACUUUUGUGAUACAACCAAGGUCUAGUCAGGAGCGGGGGAUCAACCUGUCAGUGUUUGCCAGAACCUUUGUGACGCAGAUGUAAUCAUUACGCUCAGUUUUACCAUUUUUUCCAAUCUACCAGCAGUAGUCCAUUAAUGAGACUGACAGGGAGAAUGGCAAAGGAUGGAUAUGAAAUGACAUUGUGAUGACGUGAGGUUAUGUUAAAUGCAGUCUUUUUGAGCUAAAAAAAAAGUAUCUUGCUUGCAGUAGAGAUAAACCUCAUGAGGUAUAUAUAAAAAGUGACAUAAUUGUUUCAAUGGCAUCCCUAUUAGUGCACUUUCAGAAAGCUAUCUCCCUGUCAACUCUUUUGCCGCAGCGUUCCUAGGUGUUGCUUAAUUUCAGCAGCUUGCAAGACAAUAUAUGACUUGACCAGCAAUUUUGAGUCUUAAUGUGGCAGAUCUUGUACUGAUGGAAAAAGAAACAUUUAUCAGCAUUUAAAACUUAAGACAAAAUUGGUGGGAAAGUCACAUUAUCCAAAUAUCCAAUGUAUUGUAAGGCAUCUCGCUAGGUCAUAUUUUAUUUGUAUAUUGAAUUCAUUUAUCUUAGGAACAAUUGACAAAUUCUCAUUGUCAAGUAAUCAGUUUCUACUUAAAGAUAUUUCCAUUGUAAACAUUUCUUAUGACUCUAAGACAAAAUGUUGAUGUGUAAGUAUGUGUGCAUUGCUUCUUUAUAGUGUUAGAAUUGUGUGAAAGUGAAUAUAUAAUGAUAGAUUUUAAGUCAGUGCAAAGUCAUACUCCUAUAUCAUUAUUGGCAGAUUUCUCCUGUAUCUGACAAUAGCCAUUAUCUAUCUUCUGGUAAUGUUUUGGUGGUUAUUCAUUGAGUCGAUCAAAGUGGACAUGCAGAAAAGCUUGAAGUUGCAAGAGUGUUGAUGGGUGAUAAAGCCUCUGAUGAUGGAUGGAGAGGAAGCACACUUCAUCCUUUCCAGUACAUGAAAGAAAGGAAAAAGGCAAUUAACACUCUGUGCUUACUUCACUGUCCACUUUCAACCAGAAGAUCAGUGAAGGCUCCAGAAUAUGCCAACAUGUCACAUAAGCUCAAGUGUUGACCAUGUAGUCCCCAGUAAAUGUUGCCAGUAUAAUCUUUGCCUGUCCUCAACUAAGCAGACUUUACAUUAUUGAUUUGCAUUUCAUUAGUAAUGAUAAUAUCAAGGUGUAAUACCACCAGAACUAGAGAGGUCAUGCUUUCUAUCUAUGCAUAUGUACUAUUUAACCACAAAAAAUAUAAAGAUCAGAUGAGGAAAUUCCCCAAAAGUAUAUAAUGCUCAAACUCUUGAGUAGAUAAACAAAUGCUUUUUUCUACUGCUUUUAGGUAGGAUUAAUUCAUGUUGAAAACUCAGUAUUAGGCAAUAUAGGCAUACAUGCAAGACAUUCAAAGCACCUUUCUUGGAUUUUAAUUCCAUCAAUGACAAUUUUUGUAUGUAUGUUAAGUAUUGUCUAUCUGUUAUUAAUUUCUUUGUACCAUUUCUAUACAUAUAGGAUAUGUGUGAUUAAGCUUCAUAGUAGACAGUGCUUGUUGUUACUCAACCAGGGAGGACGGGUGCUAAUGGGAGGGGGACACAGCAAAUGCUCCUAAAUGACAAUACCAGGAGAGUGAGUCACCAAUUUUUUAUGAAGAGAAAUUAGCUGACACAAAGAGAAUCUGUGAUAAACUCUUUUGUGUUGUGAUAAAGAAGUGAGUCCAAUUUUUAUCAUGUAGUUUAUUAUUCUGAGUCAUUAUUAGUGUAAUCUAUUAACUUCUAAAGGAAUAUAGUUUUCAGAUUUGUGUGUAUCUGUAACCGAUAUCCACAGACUGACUCAAGUAAUGAAAAGCCCGUAUAAGAUCAGGAUCACUGUUCUUGUUCCAUGUCUAUAUCUGACAAUUUUUUAGGGGGAUAAACUUGUCCAGAUUAAGUAUGGGGCAUCACUGAAAAAAGUUUCAGUGAUUCUGAUCUUGUCUUGACGUUCUUCUCUGCAGGAAUAUAAAGCAAGUUCUUGUGUACUGAACAUCAUGUAGGCAAGAGAAAAAACUUAGUCUAGUGUAUGGUUUUUACAUAUAAUUAUUGUUGAAACUUCAAAGAUGAGUAUUCCAUUUGUAGAGAAAGAAAUGCACUAAUUUUUUUUAGAUAUUUAACAUGCUAGAAGUGAAAAGCAGAAUUGGCUCAUAUAUGAGAUGUCCCCCUACCCAGUAGUUUUGUCUCUCUCUGUAGAUUAGAAUUACACAGCCAUUGUUUCCUUUUAUAGUAAUGUCAAUGUAACCACGCAUUAAAGGUUAUUGAUACUUAAACACUGGGAUUGCUAGAUGUUUAAUUAUACUGUAGCGGGUAGGAGAACUUCAAGUAUUACCACUGCAUGAAUUGUACCACAUUGACAUUAUAUAACCAAGUUAUCAUGGUAAACAUCACUGUUGAACAUUUGGAAAGUAGCAUGAAAUUAACUAAUAAAGUGAUGAAGUGUCUUCAUUAGUUAAUCAAUGUUUGCUGUUUGCCAGUUUAACAAGAAGACAAGUUGUAAUCAUAGCACUUUGUUCUCUAAGGCUAACUUAUCCUGUGUUUUAAAUAGGGAAUUUAGCUUUGUGACAAAAUAUGAUGCAAAUUUAGUCUGCAAGUUGUUUACUGUUGACACUCCGGUAUAAACAUUAUAAACAUUUAAACAUUCUCUGUGUACUCUGAAAGCUGUGUUGCUUGAUUCUGUUAGAAGUUGCAUAUGUUUAGAACUAGAACUGUGUAUCUGAUUCCUCACAUCAGAUAUGUGAAUAGAGACAGCAGAUAUGUUUCCAUAUUCUUUUUCUACAAAGAAUAUGAAUUAUAACAUAUUUAUAAAUGAUACUUAUUUAUAAAUAUUUCACCAUCAAGAUCCACUGACACAAAAUGGAUGCAAGGGCUUUGGAUAUAACAGUGCUAAGUUCUGAACAUUUGAAGUUUCUGUCUGUUUCUCGUAUACUUUUGUGAAAUUGUGUUAGCCUGUGUUACCAUGGGCUUUAAAUAUAUAAAUCUGCCUAAAGGAAGAUAAUUUGUGCGAGAAUCAGAUAAAAGAUGAAUUUAUAUCAGCUUAGAAAAAAAAUUGUAUUGUGAUCUUGUGCAUGCAAGUUCUACUGUAUGAGGAGGAUGCUUGUUGUAAGGCUUUCUCCACAUCACAAAACCAGGGGAUUGCACUCAUUGAAGUUAGGAAUUUUGACAGCACAACAAUUUACCAGGAGUUGUGGAGUUAUAGGUUAUGUUUUGCCCUUACUGAUGUAAGGGACCAUAUACUUGCCCAGUUAUUUAUGUCAUCCCUAUUGUGAAGGCAUAGAAGUGAUAUCGUAAGAUACAGAUGAAUGUUUCAAUGGUAGUUCAUACUUGUCAGACUUGUAGAGUAUUCAUGGUAUAGUGUUUUGAUUCGACCUAAGGAUGAGUAAAUUACAUCUGCAGUGAACAAGAUGUGAACUCCAGGAACUGAAUUUAAUGUCUCAUGUAACUAUAAAGGAUGGAUGCUUAUGGUAAUUUUCAAAGCUAGGUUUGCUUAUGUUGUUAUUUGGUGACUGUAGAGUGUUUAAGAAAAGUAAUGCUAAGCAACUCUUCCUGAGGGCAGAUUACAAGUGUUAUAAGACAGUUCUGGUUAUUUUUCACUUUUUUGCAAGCAGUAGAUGCUCAGGACUCACAGUAUUUUGUUGUCAUAAUUCUGUUAAAUAGUAAAUUGCCCAAUUUGGGGGUAAUGUGUCAGGCAACCAGAACCUCUCAUCUCACUUGUAAUUUGUGUUGCGACAAGGGACUUUGCGCCUUACUGAUUGAAGGUCAAUGUCGCUCGUCACUUCACAUUUUCUACCAAAUAUAGUGUAAACAAUUAUGUAUCAUGAAAUAAACCAUGAGAAAUA